UAUCGUCCUCCCUUCUUGAAUGGAUUGGAACUUGAUGCCUUCUUCGAAAAAUAUCAAAUCGCGUUGGAGGUACAAGGAGCCCAACAUCGGUUUCAUAAUACUAGCUUGUAUAAGGAUAUUAAAAAACUCGAAGAUAUUGUUAAUCGUGAUCGCCUAAAAGAUGCAUGUGUCAAGAUAAUGACUUGA